CGAACAAGAACGCCAACAACAAUACAAGAUGGCGGCGAGAGACGGUGUUGCACGUGCUGCUGGAUGGCCUCGUAGGUCGACAAGUGGUAGCAGUUAUGCCUUACCGUCAGUUGGAGCAACAAAUAAUUACUCUGUAGAAAGAACUGUCAGAUUGUAUCCGUUAACAAAUUAUACUUUUGGAACUAAAGAAGCAUUAUAUGAGAAAGAUAGUUCUGUUUUUACCAGAUUUCAACGAAUGAGAGCUGAAUAUGAAAAGUUUGGAAUGAGAAAAACAGUUGAAGGUGUUUUAAUUGUUCACGAGCAUGGCCUACCUCAUAUAUUACUGCUACAACUUGGUACAACAUUUUUUAAACUACCUGGUGGGGAACUUACUCCCGGUGAAGAUGAGAAUGAAGGAUUGAAAAGAGCAAUGACGGAGAUUCUAGGACGUCCAGAAAGUAACCAAGAGAUGGAAUGGGUGAUUGAAGACAGUUUAGGGAGUUGGUGGAGGCCAAACUUUGAAGCUCCACAGUAUCCAUAUAUUCCUGCACAUAUAUCAAAACCUAAAGAACAAAAGAAAUUAUUCCUAAUGCAACUUGGUGAAAAAGCAAAUUUUGCUGUGCCAAGAAACUACAAGUUGGUCGCAGCCCCACUCUUUGAGUUAUUUGAUAAUUCACCAGGAUAUGGACCAAUCAUAGCUAGCCUUCCUCAGUUGCUGAGCAGAUUUUCCUUCCUGUACAUGUGAUCAAUCUCUGCUGGCUCUCUCAGUUGUAUUUUAUGUCCAUGAAGAAUCAAACAUGAAAUAUUUUAUAACAACCUCGCACCUUAAAAAAUCUUACAAUACAAUGUAAAUUUUCAUUGUGGACUAAUUUAUUUUGUAGUAAAAUGUAAAAUCUUUCCUUAUGUUUCAA